GAGAGAGAGAGGCUUGAAUGGCUGUGUUAAGGAUAUUUUCUGUGUACGUUCAUCUCAUUACAGUGCUUACAUUUACUUUAGCUGCUGUAGCAUUAGCUAGGCUGCAGCCGAGUCAACUCAGUCAAGAGGUGCCAUCUGAACAAGAAGCAGACCGAGUCGUUGGACUUCCAGGGCAGCCUCCCGUGGAUUUCCAGCAAUAUGCAGGAUAUGUUACAGUCAAUCAGAGCCAUGGAAGAGCACUGUUCUAUUGGUUUUUCGAAGCGAUACAAAAUCCUCAAAAGAAGCCUGUACUUUUGUGGCUUAAUGGAGCUUAUGCUCUUGGAGUUUUUCUNCUCGUAAAGUUCGUAGUUUUGUUUGCUCUUUUUGUCUACAUCUUCGAGGGUAGUUUGCAUAUGAUAGGUCACAAUUCCUAA